AUGGCCCAGGCGGUCGCCGCUGGCUGGUGGUCGACACUUCGCAACCACACCUUACAACUCUUCUCUCUAGCAAAACUUGUGCGUGACGACCCCGACCUCGACCCCAUAGCGUGUGCUGACCAACGCGCUCUUCCCCCCAUCGACGCCGACAUCUCGUUGAAUCUUCCCAUUCCCCUCCCCCCUUCGACUUUCGACCUAACAGACAAAAUGGCUGAGGAGUACACUACCGGUGAGGAGGCCGCCGCCAAGAAGGCCGCCCGUUCGUUCAAGAAGUACACCUACCGCGGUGUCGAGCUUGACCAGCUCCUCGACCUCUCGAACGAGAACUUCAUCGACAUCGUUCACGCUCGUGCCCGCAGGCGCUUCCAGCGCGGCCUCAAGUCGCGCCCCAUGCGUCUCAUCAACAAGCUCCGCAAGGCUAAGAAGGAGGCCGGCCCCAACGAGAAGCCCGCCACCGUCAAGACCCACCUCCGUGACAUGAUCAUCAUCCCCGAGAUGAUCGGCUCGGUUGUCGGUGUCUACAACGGCAAGACCUUCACCACCGUCGACGUCAAGCCCGAGAUGACUGGCCACUACCUUGGCGAGUUCUCGAUCACCUACAAGCCCGUCGGCCACGGCCGCGGUGCCAACAUGGCCAACUCCCGCUUUGUUCCCCUCAAGUAA